AUGGAAGGGAGGAGGAGGAGGAGGAGGGGGUGGGCCUGUGCUUUUGGGCCCCCGCCUGGCGUGUCCCAGGAGAUACUCGGCCUCGCCGAGCGGAAGAAGUUCGAAGCGCAGGGCUCCACGGCGCUCGUGGCGCUGCUUCACGGUAAUCCGAAGCUCGGCACGCCGCUCCGCCUCAUCCUGGCGCACGUCGGGGACUCGCGCGCGGUACUCUGCCGGGCGGGGCAGGCCGUGGCCGUGUCCGAGGACCACAAGCCGGACAGGCUGGACGAGAAGAAGCGGAUCGAGAGGGCCGGCGGCCUCGUGCUCAACGUGCGGGGCGCGUGGCGGAUCGCUGCUCCGACCAACCCGCGGGGCGGGUCCAAGGCGUCCCGCAGAGAGUACCAGGGCCUGGCCAUGACCCGCUCCCUGGGUGACCUCUGCUUCAAGCAGCCGACGGCUCUGUCUAGCGCCGAGCCCGAGGUCAAGGUGAUGCCCAUUACGGAGCAGGAUAGUUUCCUUAUUCUUGCCACGGACGGCAUCUACAACGUCCUCAGCAACCAGGAUGUGGUCGAUUGUGCGGGCAAGCACUGGAACGAUCCCGAGGAGGCGGCGAAGAACGUUGUGCGCAGUGCUUUCCAGAAGGGCUCCGACGAGAACCUGACCGCUCUGGUGAUCCAGUUCGGCGCGCGCCGCCGCGACCGCGCGCCGCGAGCCGAGCGCCGCCGUCGUCGCCGCCGCCGUCGUCAUUGUCGCCGCCGCCGCCCUCGUCGUCGUCGUCGUUGUUGUCUUCGUCAUAGUUGUCGUCGACGUCGUCGAAGUCGCUGUCGCCGUAGGGUGGGCGGACACGAACACGCCGAAGUAUAUCGAGAAGAGGAAGGCCAUGAGGGCCAGGGGCCUGGACGGGGGCAGCCCGACGCUGAAGCCGUCGGGCGCCCCUGA